AUGGACAUCGAAGACACUCCAUAUGGAGUUGGUCUUCUUCUUGGCAAAAGUGGCCUGUUGGUCAAAGAACUGCCCUUGCGUCAAUUGCAGACAGUAAGAACCCUGUCCAACCUGGACGAACAGGACAAAGAAAAAAGUGGCUGCUGUACAUUGAAAGACAGGAGAAAGAAAUCUCAGAGUGGCUUUUCUUCUCGUUUAGCAAGGACACUACUCCUGUUCCUAGUGUCCAACCUGCUCUUGUGGGAGAAUGCAGCCUCUGCACCUACCUGUGUCAAGAGGGAUCUGGAUACCCAGAAGUCCGUAGAGAGACUAGUUAAAUUGGCCACCUUUAUGUCUAAGAUGAUCAAUAUCCAAGCUGGAGAAAUAUUUACUGAAUUUGAUAACCAGUAUGCCCACGGCAAGAGGUAUAAUGAUAGGGUCCCUGACAUCUGCCCCACUGAUUUUUUUGAAACUCCAGUAAACAAGGAGCAAGUUCUAAAAAGCAAUCCAGAAGUACUACUGCAAUUGGUAUACAAUCUACUGUAUUCCUGGGCCGACCCUCUGCAUCAUCUUGUGAAUGAAAUAUCUAUCAUGCAGGGAGAUCCUUAUUCUAUUCUCUAUAAAACCAGACAGAUGAAGGCAAAAUUUGAAGACCUCACGGAGGGAAUUAAAAUAAUACUCAGCGAGAUUGGAGAAAAAGCUAAUGAGAGCUACCUUGCUUGGUCUGGGCUGACAGCCUUGCAGUCAAGCAAUGAAGAUGUUCGCUGUUUUACCUUUUACAACUUGUUCCGCUGCCUGCUCAAAGAUUCCCACAGAAUAAACACUUUUCUCGAGGUCCUCAAGUACCAAAUCAUCCAUGAAAACAACUGCUAA